AAAGUUGCCCUUGCAAAAUGGGAGAGAAAUCCAUUGCUAUCCGUUAUCAAAGGGAAGAAACAUUUUUGUUUCCAAAAACAAAGCUUCAAAAAACAGAGUUUAAAAACAGGGGAAAAAGCAGAGUCCCUUUACAACGACACCACCACCACCUUCUUCUUCUUCUUCUUCUUCUUCUCCUCCUUCACUUCACAAAACACAGAGAGUAGAAGCCAUUAAAGGACCAAAUCAAUGAAGCUUUCAAUUCUUUCUCCUUUACUUUUAUCAGUCUUUCUUUUCUCUCUUUUGCAGUCAUCAACUUUUGCUGUUAGAAAGUCUUAUAUAGUGUAUUUAGGAGGACACAAUCAUGGUUUAAAUCCCACAUCGGCUGAACUUCAUCGAGUAAAAAAUUCUCAUUAUGAAUUACUGGGUUCAUUAGUUGGAAGCCCUGAAACAGCAAAAGAGAAAAUUUUUUACUCAUACACUCGAAACAUCAAUGGUUUUGCUGCAAUCCUUGAUGAAGAUGAAGCAUCACAGGUUUCAAAGCAUCCAAAUGUGGUUUCGGUUUUUUUAAACAAAGGAAGAAAGCUUCAUACAACACGAUCAUGGGAUUUUCUCAGGUUAGAGAGAAAUGGUGUUAUACCUUCGGAUUCCCUUUGGAAGAAAGCAAAAUUUGGUGAAGACACCAUUAUUGGAAACCUUGAUACUGGUGUCUGGCCGGAAUCGAAGAGCUUUAGCGACGAUGGGAUAGGACCGAUCCCGUCUCGAUGGCGAGGAUCGUGUCAACGUGGCGUCGAUGAUCGUUUUCGUUGUAACAGGAAGUUGAUCGGAGCCAAGUAUUUCAACCGAGGGUACAAGGCUUACCUCGGCGAAAAGCUCAACGCGACGUUCAAGACUGUUAGGGACCACGAGGGUCAUGGUUCUCAUACUCUAUCAACAGCUGGUGGUAACUUUGUUGAUGGGGCUAGUGUUUUCGGUUAUGGAAAUGGUACUGCGAAAGGAGGAUCGCCUAAAGCUCGUGUUGCAGCUUAUAAAGUUUGUUGGCCCCCUGUUAAUGGUAACCAAUGUUUCGAUGCGGAUAUCAUGGCUGCUUUUGAUGCUGCGAUAAGUGACGGUGUUGAUGUGCUUUCCGUGUCGUUGGGUGGUGAACCGGCUGAGUUUUUUGAAGACGGUAUUGCGAUUGGUUCCUUUCAUGCUGUUAAGAAAGGGAUAUCUGUUGUUUUGUCUGGUGGAAACUCGGGACCUGCUCCUGGAACUGUUUCGAACUUGUCGCCGUGGAUGUUUACGGUUGGUGCUAGUACACUCGAUAGGGAGUUCACUAGUUAUGUUGAACUAGGCAAUAAAAUACGUCUCAAGGGAGCCAGCCUUGCUGCAGCAACAUUGAAAUCGAAAACUUCUUAUCCAUUGAUCGGUGCUGAUUGUGCCAAAGCAGCCAACGCUUCAGCUGUUGAUGCUAUCCUGUGUCAACCAGGAUCAUUGGAUCCCACCAAGGUUAAAGGGAAGAUAUUAGUAUGUCUUCGGGGAAUCAACGCAAGAACUGAUAAGGGAAAGCAGGCUCUUCUUGCUGGUGCGGUUGGGAUGAUUCUCGCAAACGAUGAGAAAAGCGGAAAUGAAGUUAUAGCUGACCCACAUUUGCUCCCGGCUACUCACUUGAAUUUCACCGAUGGUGUAACAGUAUUUGCAUACAUCAAUUCAACCAAGAAACCUACAGCAUAUUUAACACCAGUGAAGACACAAUUGGAUGCAAAGCCCGCACCAUUUAUGGCUUCUUUUUCUUCUAGGGGACCCAACAUGAUUGACCCUGCAAUCCUUAAGCCGGAUAUAACCGCACCAGGAGUAAGCAUCAUUGCAGCAUUCUCUGAAUCAGUCGGUCCAACAGAAGAUGAAUCCGACACACGUAGAAUACCGUUCACCUCGCAGUCUGGAACUUCCAUGUCCUGCCCGCACGUUUCUGGCAUCGUCGGUCUUCUCAAGAGUCUCCACCCCGAAUGGAGCCCAGCAGCCAUAAGAUCCGCGAUCAUGACCACCGCUAGAACGAGAGACAACACUGUCAACCCAAUGCUUGAUUCAGAUGGUAACAAGGCAACCCCGUUCAGUUACGGCGCAGGACAUGUGAGACCAAACCGUGCAAUGGAUCCAGGCCUCAUUUACGACUUAACCAUCGACGAUUACGUGAACUACUUGUGUGCUCGUGGCUACAACCAAACCACAAUACAAAUGUUUUCGAACAAGCCCUACGUUUGUCCAAAAUCAUACAACGUUGCGGACUUGAACUACCCUUCCAUAACAGUCCCUGAACUCAAUGGCACAACCAUCAUUACGAGGAAAGUUAAGAAUGUGGGUACACCAGGGACAUAUAAAGCUCAUGUUCAAUCACCGGUCGGAGUUAUGGUUACGGUUCAUCCAUCAACAUUGAAAUUUACAAAGAUCGGUGAAGAGAAGAAAUUCGAAGUGAGGUUAAAACCGAGUAGUAAAAAAGUGGAUGCGAAGGGAGGUGUAGGGUAUGUAUUUGGGGUAUUGAGAUGGUGUGAUGGGUAUCAUUACGUGAGAACUCCAUUGGCAGUGAAACGUAAGUAGAAAUUUUUUGUUGUAAUUUUUAAUUGGGGGUUUCAUUUUAUCGUUAUUAUUAUUAGCAUUCCAUUCUUUUGGGGGGGGGGGGGAUUUAGAAAAGGAAAUGCCAAAUGUAAUAACGUUGCAAAUAAGAAAUUACAUACAAGCAUGAUUCAUA